AUUUGUCUGAAUUUUCGGAAGAUCGGUGAAGACUCGACCAAAGUCUGAUUUUCCUUUAACUACUUCUCAUUUUGGCCUCUCUUUUUUUUUUUAGUUUUAUUUUCCAUUUUUUCGUUUUAGUUGAUUUGGGAUUCCUCUGAUCAAGAAUAUCAGCUAAAAUGGCUGGACGAUUGAUCCACCAGGUUUUAACGAGGAAACUUCAGUCUCAAUCUACUGUUCCGACCUUUUCAUGGUUUACAUCAAGAAAAUUUAAUGAGGAAGCAAGAUAUGCUGGUAUGAGGACAGUUGCACUUCUUGGAGCUGGUAUUUCUGGUUUUCUAGGUUUUGCAACAAUAGCGUCAGCUGAUGAGUCAGAACAUGGGUUAGAAGCUCCGAAUUAUCCUUGGCCUCACAGUGGCAUCCUCAGCUCAUAUGACCAUGCUUCGAUUCGUCGUGGACACCAGGUUUACCAACAAGUGUGUGCAUCCUGCCACUCUAUGUCUCUAAUAUCUUUCCGUGAUUUGGUGGGUGUUGCAUACACAGAGGAGGAGACAAAGACUAUGGCAGCUGAGAUUGAGGUGGUUGAUGGACCUAAUGACGAGGGUGAGAUGUUUACUCGUCCCGGUAAACUCAGUGACCGGUUUCCUCAGCCGUAUGCAAAUGAAGCAGCAGCUAGGUUUGCUAAUGGAGGAGCUUAUCCUCCAGAUCUAAGUCUCAUUACCAAAGCUCGUCAUAAUGGUCAGAAUUAUGUGUUUGCCCUUUUAACUGGUUACCAUGAUCCUCCUGCUGGUGUUACGAUUCGAGAGGGGUUACACUAUAACCCGUACUUUCCCGGGGGAGCAAUUGCCAUGCCUAAAAUGCUUAUUGAUGGUGCUUUAGAGUAUGAAGAUGGCACGCCUGCAACUGAAGCUCAGAUGGGGAAAGAUGUGGUUACAUUUUUGUCAUGGGCAGCCGAACCUGAAAUGGAAGAAAGGAAGCUGAUGGGUUUUAAAUGGAUAUUUUUGUUGUCAUUGGCAUUGCUUCAAGCUGCUUAUUAUCGGCGGUUGAGGUGGUCGGUUCUCAAAUCUCGCAGGCUGGUCUUAGAUGUUGUCAACUAGCAGUCCCCCGGUUUCUGUCAUGCUAAUCUGCUUUUCUGCGGAUUUGGCAAUAAUAGAAUUUUGGGAUUAUCUAGCUUCUGCCCUGACCAAUUACCGGUUCUUUCUCUCAAAUGUUAAUGGAGUGACCUGAGAAGAAAUAAGAACAGCAUACAUCAAGUUUUGCUUUGAAACAUGAAGUUUUGUUUAGUUCAUUCUUUUCAAUGCUCUCUUUAUGAUAAUGGCCAUGAAACACAUUUGUUUUGGUAAAA